CUCUUCUCCAGGGUUCGGACUUCUUGCGGGAAAAACCAACUUGUUGACAUCUUUGAACGGGUUUUAUCUGCACCCGCAGCGACUUCUGCGGGGUUUUCACAUUAAAAACAAGGGUUUAACUAAUGCAGGUAAAGGUAUCCCUGACCUCCUGACCUCCUGACCUCCUCUUCAUCAGUAUCCAUGGAGUCACAGCAGGGGCCCGAACACCUGCCGUCGGGCCCAACCGAAGUGGUCAACUCCAUCCGGGAGCGCACAAUCGCGGAGAACAGCAUGGUGGUCCUGCUGCAGGGCCUGCAGGGCCAGGUGACCACGGUGGACCUGAAGAACGAGAGCACGGCGCGGGGCCGCGUGGUCAACGUCGACGCCUUCAUGAACAUACGUCUGGACAACGUGCUGUACCGGGACAGACGGGGUCGGCUCACCCAGCUGCAGGACCUGUUUAUCACGGGCAGGAACGUCCGCUACGUUCACAUCCCGGACAACGUGGACAUAAUGAAGACCAUACAGAGCCAGCUGGCCAAGAUCCACAGAGUCCGCAACUUUGCCAGUCAAGGAGGAGGCAGAAAAGAGUUCGCCACGAAAACAAAAUAACUUUUUCUUUCAGGGAUCAGUUGGGUUCGGUUUGUGCACGGCUCGUCCAAAAAUACUUGAAGGCAACAAGCAAUUAUUCUGUUUUUUUUUCUCAGAUUUGAGGACAAGCGUCCUGCUAGAUCAGCAGUGAAAGAGUUGAUAGUUUCAUCUCUUCAGGCCUCUUAAAAUCCUUCAAAUAUGUCUUUGGUUGAACUGCCUACAAGGCCACGCCCUGUGAUGAGGAGUCACAAGUUUACAUUCAUUUAUUUUAAGAGGUUGGCAGUGUAGCCUGACUUAUUUUCAUUAUUUAAUUCAUCUUUUCUUGAUUAAUUGAUGGAUCUUUUUGUCUACAGAAUGUCACAUUAUUGUGUAAAAUUACCAUUAUACUUUCCAGAACCCAGUGAUGUCUCCUAAUGCCUUGUUAUAUCUGAAUAAAACCCAAAUAUAUAGAGUUUACAGUGAUAUAAAGUACAGAACAGCAGCAAAUAAUUUCAUUUGUUUGGCAUUUUUGCUUGAAAAAUGAUUAGUUGCCGAUUAGUUUUCUGUCAAUCGAUUAAUCAGCUAAUUGUUGCAGCUCCACACAUUUUUGAUGAAGUUCUCUUCUAUUUGAGACUGAGCAGGACAUUUGACACUUGGAAUAUGAGUUCUCUCUGGUGAACAAACAAUGUAACGCUUUCUAAAUGACCUCAAACCUACAGUAUCUAACAUGUACACCUAUAACAAUAUAUCUGUGAUAAGCUGAUAUUGGCCCAUUCAUCAGUCCAGCUCUUGUUGGUAACCGCUGGACCAGCUACUCAAGGAAGUUGCAAUGCUGCGAUCAAUGCAAAUUCCCAGCGAAUCCCUGCAGAUUUUACUAAACUUCCUUUAUUUUCAAUUUCCCUUAAAUUUUUCAUGAAUUGUACCAAAAAAUGAAAGUUUUAACUUUUCACCAACAGUUUCAUUGCAAACAAAUGCCUAAAAAUAUCACAAUUACAUUAUGCAUUACAUGUGUCACUAUUUCUUUUCAAAAGCUGCCAUGAAAUCAUUUUUAGGCCACAACAAAAUCCUGGAGGGACUGGCUAAAGAGUUAAACAGUGUCUCUGUGUUUUUGUGAUUGUGUUUGAGGUUUGUAAUUGACACAAAAUAACCGUCCCGAAUUUCUUUUGAAAUUUUUUUUUUAAAAUAAAUACAGGAAUUACGAAUAAAGAUGCAAUACAAUCAA